GAAUCUCUGCUUUCCUGUCGGCACGCAGCUCCAGGAGAUGGCUGUGCGAAGCUGCCAGACAUGCUAGUAGAGGUGGGGGGGGAUCAAAGUUAAAGGCUUUUCUAUUCCUCUCUGAUUUAGGCUGUCGCUGUGCCAACGACGACACCUUGAAGGGCGAUAGGAGCGAGCGGGUGUGAAAAGGGGCGAGUAUAAAGUCGGUGGCUUUAAAAGCGCUCGCAGCAUUUAUCAUUGCUCUGAACCUCUACUGCGCUAAUUCACGACUAUGGCAUUCUUUUUUGACCAAUCGUUGGAUUUGGUUAAAAAAAUAAGCGUGGAGACAGAAAGAGAUUUUAUUUUCAACACAAGCAUGGUCCAGUUGACAGAUGUAACCAGCAAGCAUUCGUUGUCUCCUGAGCUCGAAAGGACUCACCAUGCUGAGGGGCAAAGGAAAAGAAAGAGGACGAUUUUCAGCCGCGCGCAGUUGUCGGAACUGGAGCACGCUUUCAUGAUCACGCCGUAUCCAGACAUCACUCUGCGCGAGCGACUGGCUGCACUCACGCUGCUUCCAGAAAGCAAAAUCCAGGUGUGGUUCCAAAACAGACGAGCUCGCAGUAUGAAAAGCAAGAAGUCGAGCACAGCAGUUAGGAGGAGUCCAGGCAGGGAUGCGAGCUCUCACUCUAUAACCAAUCUUGAUUCAAACCCGGAACAAAUGUAUGGUGUUCCAGAACAAAGAGACAGACCAGAGGCCUGCAGAGGCCACCAGCAAAGCCUUAGACCAGCUCUCAGUUCCUGGUCUCAGAAUCUUCCGCAUCCAACGCCACCCACACCAGCCAUUUCUCCAGAGCUGCCCGGAGGUCUCCAGUGGGGGAUCAGACAGGCUGAAACCCCUGGAGCUUCAUCUUUCUCCAGCUGCCCAUCCGACAGGUUGGCUCACUAUCCAUUCCAAAGCCAGUCAAGCGGUCACUGGCAGAUCAACUGCUUUUCAGCUCACCCUGAAGGCUUCUCCGGGCAUCAGCUGAAAUCUGAUUGUGCUGCCAAUCAGGCCAUAUAUUCUUCCAUGUCUGUGGACCAAGCGAUGCCUGCACAUCAAACCAGUUUGGAGGAAGCGCUGCAAAGACAGGCUCUGACACACUACCCUCAGACCUCACUGGGAGACAUCUCCGACCUCAUAUAUAAAGCAGCUGUAGUCACCAAUCUGGAAGACUGCUAG